AGAAAAUGACCCAUGUCGAACAAACCCAUGUGGAGAAAAUCGGAAGUGCGAACGAAUCGUAAAAACAGAAGGAUAUAACUGUACAUGUGAAAAAAACUUUAUUGAGGAAAAUGGAACUUGCGAGCGAGUGCUACAAGGUAAGAUCACAUAUCAAAAUAUCUAAGAUUAUUAAAUAUAAAUUUCCUCUCCUUACUGAAUUUAGUCGGCAAAAUUUGUCAAUGAUGCAGGUUUGAUAUUGGAGUUCAUUAAUUGUUACCAGAAUUGCACAUCCAGGAAAAAUGUCUUGCGUUUCUUAGGGAGUAGCACUUAUUAGACAUCGAAAAUUACCUGUCAUGAUACACCGCGCUCAAAAUGUUGCUAUAAUGGUAAUAUUAUGUGGUUUGAAAACUAAUGUAUUCAUCUCUAUAUCAAACCGCAACAAGCACCUCUUAAGAACAAAUUGUUUCCCACUUGAAGAUGCAUGUGUGACUGUACAGUACAUGCAAGUAUUAUUAAACUUUGCCAGAAACAGAUGAUUCGGUAACAGACGAUCGCAAAGGAGUUAUAGUUGUUGCUGUUCUGAUCCCAACACUUGUAAUUCUGAUCGCUAUUUGUUUCAUUGUUUGGCUACGUAAACGUCACAAGAAGCGAAUGGACUUCAUGGAAACAGAAAUGGCAAUAGCUUUUAACUUCGGAAGUAGAAGCAAUCCUCAACGCUUGUAAGUAUUUGAACAUAUAUUAGUUUUUUUUACUGAAAAAUUUACAUUCAGCUGCUUCGAUUUACAAUUCCUCGAAAAAUAUAAUAUGACAAUUUUACAGCAGGUUUGAAAACUAUAAUUGCACGUCAUGGCAAGCAUGCCGGAAGAGAAUUGAACUAAGAGAUGAUUGAAUUUAACACCAUGGUUAAUUAUCUAGAUAAUUGUUUUUAUCUGGCUGAAACAUACAAAUGUCGCGUUGCCUUAAAUCAAUUCAGUUUUAUUACCUUAGUCAACUUUAUUGUAUUCGGAUCGAUAUAAGCGAAUUCGGCAAAGAAAUUGUUUUGUUAGUAAUUCAUUUUAAAUACUGUAUAAGGAUGAGAUAAGCAUGGUCGUUAUCACUAAAAAUACUCAUAAUUAUAUAGCGCACUCAAAUGGCAACUAAAAUCUCAGUGAUAAUAAUAAUUAAUAUACGAUUUCGAUUUAGUCCAUUUCCAUGUGACCGUUUAAGCAUGCAUGACGAAUUGUAUUGGUGCGAAAUCAAGUAUAUAAUGUUUAAUUCAGUGGUAAUAAUUAAAAUCCGGCAAACAGUCUAAUUUCUGUAUUUUUUUGUGUUAGCAUUGAGCAGAAUACGCUGGAAGAUGACAACAGCGAAAGAAUAGUGAAUUUAAUAUAUGUAUCACAAGAUUAUGUUUACGAUAUACCAGGAUAUAUAGCGGAAAAAGUAUGUUCUUUUGAGAUGACUGCUGGUUCAAUACGAUUUAGUGGUAUCAUCGGUAGAGGAGAAUUUGGCAUAGUAUAUGUUGGUGAAGCCCAAGGAGUCAAUAGAAAUCCCGAAUGGACAACCGUUGCAAUAAAAACACUCACAGGUUAAGACCACAGAUUUACUAUAUAUUUUACUGCAAUUGCUAAAAUAAUUGUUUGCCACAUGUUCGUGUAGGAAUACGCACGGAUCAUUUGCAUAUAUGCUAGCAAUCGUUAUAUAGUUCCCAUAACCGUAGCGUAUAUAUUUUCAUUGUUAUGCUUUGUUGACGGUAGCUAUCGCGCGCAUUCACAAAAGAAAUUUUACACUUUGCAUUGUUGGAAAAUGACGUCACCUCUCUCGAGUAAAUAAUGUAAUUAUGCAAGAGAGCAAAAUCGUUUUCCCGGUAUACCUGGUUGCUAUAGAUUUAUCAACCUCAAAACACUAAUCAAAUACCCAUUCUUGGUCAUUAGAUGAAAAUCCAGGUGAUUUCAUCGAGAGCUAUCAAUAAAAAAUUAUCAUGGUGUUUCCACAUGACUAAGGUGAAUUAAAUAAUGGAAGUAAUUUCCAAACAUUCGUCAAUAUGUCGGCAAUAUUUCAUCAACAUUCGUCAGUAUAUGACCACAGUAAUUUCUAAAUAUUCCGAAUCGUAAAUGACAAAAAUGUGCGUACACAUACAUUUGCAAUGUCUGCAUUAAUAAAAUAUGUUGUCAUUCAGGUAUCGGCUUUUGAGGAAUCAGCUAAUCUCGAUAAAUUGAACAAAUGUUAUAUAGAAUCUGCCAAUGAAGAAGAACUUAGUGAUAUGUUACGUGAAAUUGAGUUGAUGAAGGACCUUGGAAAACAUGAAAAUGUCAUUCAGAUGUUUGGUUGUUGCAUAAGAUGUCGUCCAAUAUGUUUAGUCCUGGAAUACGCGCCCGGCGGAAAUUUGAAAAAUUAUCUGAAGUCUCUUAAAAAGAAGGUAGCCUAAUUACCUAUAUCAAUUGCCAUGCAGUAAUGGUUGCAACCUGGAACCUUCCAUUUUUGUGCGUAAACCAGUUUUAAGCUGGUUAGUACGAAUUAGUCCCGAUGCUCUUGGGACUUUAAUUUUCCGAAAUGUUUGUGUUUUUUGUAAAAUCUGAAGUUCUUCAUAGAUUUUCACAAAAGUAGGUGAAGUUUCACGUAGUGUAAGAGACCAUUUGAAAAUUUUCCAUAUUCAUUAGAUAUCGUGACCCGAUUACCUGAUCUCACUAGAGAUGUGGUGUAGUUGUAUUCUUACAUCUAAAAUGUAUAUAUUUCUUCAUUCUUUCCUUCGUUAUUCCUGCAGGGAAAAAGAAAUUCAAUGUUCCUUCAAUGUGUUAUCGUCUUUUUGAGGAACAAAAAGUACAACAUGCUUAAAUUUAUAUACUUAUUAUGCUAUCAUAUAUUUUUCUUAAAGUGUAAAGACAUAGCAAGCGCGCGGACAGAUGAAGUCACAAAAUCUGGCAAGGUAUGAUAUUUUGUCAACAAAAUGCACUAAUUCUAAUUUUUCUUUAAUUUAAUUUAAUUUACAUAGUUUAAAAUAUUCCGGUUUAGGUUUUAGCUUACAGUGCCGCUAACGUCAAAACUUUCAGGCUCUCGAUUUUUAGAAAACGGCCUGAUACAGAUUGUUGAUUUCCUCAAGUUUAUGUUCAAUAUUCAGGAUCUGGAUGUUACGCUGGUUGACUACACGCGUAAAAAUCAUCAUGUUGUCGCAGGUUGUCAACAACUUGUUCACGAUUGUUCAGAACAGGUUGCAGCAAUGCUGUGCUGCACCCUGUCAACAAGGCUUGUUAACAAUAUUGUUCGCGCUUGUUCGAACAAUGUUGUUAACGCCUGAUGAAUGAACAAGGCCUGGACAACGUUGUUGGAACAACUGAGAUCAACCUGAUAUCAAUGAUGUUUUAUAUUGUCAACAACUGCGAACAGUCUUGCUUUAUCAAUACGUAAACAGCCUGGUAUCAAUCGUUUUCGACGCUGUUAUUCGUGGCCAUUUUCUAGGGCGGGAAGAGAAAUUUAAAUAAGCACACAAAGUCACAAACAGACAAACUUCGCUUCUUGAUAUGAAAUUCAGUUUAUUUUGAAAUAAGAAAAUACAGAUUAAUAGUGAACAAAUACAAACUAAAGAGUAAUUACAGUAAAGGUACAAAGGUAAGAUAACUAUAAACUAUUUUAUAUGCAAUUUAGGUUUAUAAAAUACUAUUAAGUACUAUUUAUAAAUCUAAAUAGUGUUGAGUGUUUUGACUUUUGAGUUCAUAAUACUGGUAAACCAUGGCAGUAUUUUAGCAAAAGGUAGUGCAACACUACAACCUCUAUAAUUAUUAUUUAGGUAUUUUCAGGAUGGAAUUUGAAUCUGCAGGAGCAAGUCUAUCACAGAGAUAUUAUGAAACAUGCACAGGGGCGGCGCUACAGGGGGGGUGGAACACCCCCCACUCGUCUCCAACUCGGCAAAUCGUUAACCUCAUUCGGCAAAACUGGAUUGGCUAAAGAUAGCCACUGAAGAAACCAAAAUUGACUUCCUGAAUAAUUGAAUUCAAACCGAAUAUCACGGAAGGAAUCCCGAGACACCGAAUAUAUCACAAAUAUACUCUUUCUUUAUCACUCUGAAUUUUGCAAACAGAAAAUACAAAAUCAUUUAAGUAGUUACGUGGCCGCACCCCACACAAUAUAUGAACAUCUAUCCGACUCGGUAUCGGUUCAUUGAUCCGCGACAAUGCGUUCUAUAUGUAACCAAGUAUCGCCGAAAAUUUUUGCUGACCAAAAAGAGCGCAGAUUUCAACAAACGAAAUUGGUAAACAUUUGAAUAUUCAAUUUUAACUCCUUUUAACCUAUUUAUGGUUCACGAUAGCUUAUGGCGUGAAGCAAUUUUAAAAGGUAGCGUGUUUAACAAGUUUUCCAGUAUCUAAUUUGAUUAUUUAAAAAGGCAGAACCUGUUAACCUGGUAUACGGUUUGCAAAUGCAGUUUGAAAGUGUUAUAAAUUUUGCCAUUGUGACUAUCGUUAUAAAUAGUUAGAAUUAUUAUUUAGUAUUUUCGUUAUUUACGACUUGCGAGAUUUAGGAGAAUAUUAAUGCAAAGUAGUGCUUUUAGUCUUAACUAAAAAUUUAAAAAGAUGUCCAGUGUUGUAAAUUUGUAAUAUCUUUUAUUACUAGAAUAAAUACAUACACAUUACACAAUAAGCUGUUUUGCGAAAAGUUUCCUUUUUUUGUUAAUUAGUGGCAAAAUCCCACAACAUGAAUUGCAGUUAAGAAAUAAGACAUGGAAAAAUCAGAAAGCGAGACGAAAAAGUCUUGCAAACGUAAGAGAGUGAAACUAGAAUGUCUUGUAUGUCAUAGACAGUUUGAUGACGACUAUCGAACUACACACAACAAAACAUUUCAUACUGACAUGUUAAAGAAAAACAAAGUUAUACCGUACAAAGUCGCCAAUGCUCCUCGAAAUCCAUUUGAAGCUGCCAAAAAAGCGCAUUUUAAUGAUUUUAAGUGUAACAGCAAACCAUCGAAUAAUACUUUGCCAUCUUCUAAUGAUACCAGCCCUCCCUCUGUAAUCCCAAUUCAUAAUAAGCAUGAUGAAACAUCAGGUGCAUUGCCAAUUCCGUCAGAAAAACUAAACACCAUCCCAGACACAACCAUGGCUGCGGCCACUGUACUUUUCCCAAUAAUGUUGCCAAACGAAAGCGAACCAGAAUCUCUGGCAGAUUCAGGUGAUGUAAUAUCAGAAGGCAAGCUUGAAUCAAGGUGUACAUCUGCGUUACUUGAACCAGAUGUAAAUUUAUCCAGUGCCAGUUUUACUGUGUGCACUUCUUCUGAAAGUGAAAUCUUCAUCAGAGAACAUGCGAUCACAAUUGGUGACUUGCGCUGGCGAAUUAUCAUACCUGGUUGAAGAUCUCAAGAGGGCAUCAGAAUUAGUGGAUGAAGUAAAAAGUGAUACUUGUCCUGCGAUAGAAACUUUCUUGACCAAUGCUGAGGAACUAACACAACGAAUUUGUAAGAAUUCCAAUAAAAUCAGGAAAAUGAGCAGCGCUUUGUUGAAGGAAAUGGAAGAAAAAAAGAGAGCUGCAGCACCAAAUGACGAAGAAAUUGUCGUGUCAGUACCAAGCCAUGAUCCUGGUGAGAGAUACAAAGUAAAUUCACUCACUGAAAAAAAGUACAUCAUAAUUCAUAAAAUUGUAACCUGAGUAUCAGGCUCUAUUUUACAAAUAGAGCCUGACACAAAACUUAACCUGAUCGCUUUCCGCCCACAGCAAAGUUUAUAUUUAGUAUCCAAUCAAAAUGUCGCAGGAGAAAUUUAAAUUUCACACAACGACAACAACAAUCUAAUUAUAGCAUAGGCGCCCACUAAACGGCUGAAUUUAAAUUAAAACUGCAAUGAACUUAUAAAAUUAACAAAAAUAAUCACAAAUUAGCGAAAUAUAUUUCAAAUGUAGCUUAUAUUAAAUCGCCACCCGAUUGCUCUCUCCUCCGCAGAGGUUUCAGUGACUACAAUGAGCUUUACAUGGCGCUUGCCGUAUUUAUCAACAAACAGUGACGUAUAAUAAAAGUAUAUAAUUAUAAAGUAUAUAUAUAUUAAGUAUACUUUAUAACUAUACGUCAGUCGAUAGUGCAAUCUGAUGGCGAUUUAAUAUAAGCUACAUUUGCAAUAUAUUUCGCUAAUUGGCGAUUAUUUUCUAACUUUACUGCAGUUUUAAUUUAAAUUCAGCCGUUUAGUGGGCCGGCUAUAAUUGUAGUUGUGAUCGUUAUAAAAUAUAUCAACAACAAUAGUAUAAUGUAAUUAGCACCAGCCAAUCAAAUGACAGAUUUAAAAAUCGUUUGUCUAAUCGGCCAAUCAGCGCUCAGUCCAGAUUCUGGACUGAACAACCAGGCAAAAUGCCACUUUUGUGUCAGGCCGUACUUUUCUCCCCUUCGCCCACGAUCAGGCGUGCCUGUGCCCUAAAAAGUACGGCCUGAUACUCAGGUUAAUAAAAUUGGGACCACACCAGCCUAAGUUAUCUGUUUUCCCACAACAUGAAGAUAUCCCCCAACGAAAACAAUGUCGGUUUUCUAGUGUAUGGUACGCAUCAUUUCCACAUCUUGAGUACAGUAUUUCAAAAGAUGCGGCAUUUUGCUACGUAUGUUCAUUAUUUCCAUCUGGACCUGCAUGCCGAUACAGCAUGGUCUAUAGAUGGUAUGCGACAAUGGCACAAAAUGACCAGUCGAGGAACUAAGAAGAAAGGAAAACUUGCUGAGCAUUUUGGAUCGAAAAGCCAUAAGGCCGCAUUGGCGGAUUUCUAUGCUUUUAGUCAAGAGUCGUUAAAUGUAGACUUACUCCUUGAUAAAGAAAAACGUUCCAACAUUAUUCAAGCGGAAAAGGACAAGUUGACAAACAAAGACGCUGUGUUUAUUCUGCUUGACGUUGUACGCACUCUGGCCCGACAAGGGAUAGCUUUCAGAGGUAGAUCAACAAACUCAACGCACAAGCAGGAUGACGAAGAUGACAAUUUUAACCAGAUUGUCCAACUUCUAUCGAGGCAUUGUCCAAGCCUCAAUAGAUGGCUCAACGAGGUUCGUUUGCGACCAUAUCAUGUUACAUACAUGAGCCACGACUCGCAAAACGAAAUGAUUGAUAUUUUGGCAGAAAAUAUUCGGGACAAGGUGAAAGAAGAAGUAAGCGAUUCAAAGAUGUUUUUCGUUAUGGCGGAUACUACCCUGACACUUCAAACAAGGAUCGCCUUGCUGUUGCUGUCCGAUAUGUUAAGGAGGAUAGUCCAUCUUUUGUAGUUAAAGAACGACUUAUUGAAGUUAAAGAAACGACCGAUAAAACAGGCAGUGGACAAGCCAGUGAUAUCCUUACGUCAUUAGAAGAUAGUGGUUUGAAGUCCUCUGAACUGGUUUUCCAGUCAUAUGAUUUCGCUUCAAAUAUGUCUGGAAUACACAAUGGUGCGCAGGCAGAAAUUGAAAAGAAAUUGGAUAGAAAAGUUCCAUACAUUCCUUGCCAGGCUCAUAGACGCAAUACUGUGGUUGAGCACGGAUGUGAAAGUAGCUAUAUCAUCCAGGAACUGUUCAACAUCCUACAGGAGCUCUAUGUUUUUUUCUCAGGAAGCACAAAGCGUCACGCUGUCAUAGCUAAGCACCUGGAACAAGUUGAAAACUGUCUUCAGCUAAGAAAUCUUUCGAAGACAAGGUGGACGGCAAGGGCAGAAUCCAUCAAAGCUGUGUGGACAUCUCUUGAAGCUAUAGUUAAAGCUUUAGAGGAAGCUUUCGCAGCACCAAAAUUGGAUCCAAAAGUCAAAGCAACAAUUUCUGGGUUGCUGAAGAACGUAAAAAGCUUUGAUUUUAUUGUCUCCUUGAUGUUUAUGAAGAACAUUAUGUUCAAGACUAAAAUCUUAAGCGAAAUCCUCCAGCAAGAAGAACUUAACAUUGUAAAUGCUUUAGAGCUGACGAAAGCCACUGUAACAUCUUUGGAAAGAAUCAAUAACGAAUGAUGAAUGAUAUGAUAGAAGCAGCUGUGUUGUAUGCGAAGACGUCAUUCCAAAUUGAUGCCAAAGAAGAAUUUAUAAGAAGUCACCGCGUAAGGCGUAUACCGAGGCGAUACGACGAAAAUCCCCAAGAAACCACAGCUUUUACCUUUUAUCAAUAUUAUAGAAAGGAGUUCAAGUGCGUUUUGGAUGUCCUUAUCUCGCAAUUUAGGGACAAGAUGCAGCCGACAUUGGAUGUUAUCGCCCCUAUAGCCCACGCUCUGCAGGUUCCUUUGCACGAGCCAUCACCUGAAAUCAUACAGAAACUCGCAGAAAUGUUCCCCAAUGAUGUGGAUGCUGACGUGUUAGAAGCUGAACUUGAAGUUUUCAAGAACAUAGUCGACCACAAGGAAGAAUUAAAGAACGGAAGCAUGGACAACAUCGUCCAAUUUGCUUAUGAGCAGAGAAAAACACUGCCAUUAACAUGGAAGGCAUAUCAGUUAAUGCUAACAGCUCCAAUUUCAGUCGCUAAAGAUGAGAGAACUUUCAGUCAUCUGAAAUUCGUGAAGAGUGUUUACCGCUCAACAAUGGGGGACAAGAGGUUAGAUAAUUUGAUGCUGUUAAAUUGUGAAAGGACCUGACAGAUGGUUUAGACAUGUACCAAGUAGUAAAUCAGUGGGCAUCAAAACGAAUUAGGCGUUAGACAGCAAACCGAGAAUAUAUAUUAAGUAAAUUCAUAUGAACGGAAUUCAACGGAUACGUUCAGUCUUUUCGUUCUUAAAAAAACUGUUUCACUGUGACGAAAGCGAUUAAGCAUGUGAUAUUUCAUCUUGUAUUUCUUGUAAUGCUAGACUUCGCUACAAAUAGUAAAACUCAUGUCAAAUAUAAAGUUUCAGACUUUCAGUUUGAUAUUAUUAGAGACUUGGUGUAUGCAUCAAAAUUCAGAAAGCACACAUGCAGCAAUGCAAAUUCUUUUGAAUACAGUACUUCACUUCUUUCAGUCCAAAAACAUAAUAUUGUUGAAAUCAUAAAUAGGGAAUUAAAUUUGUUUGGUUGUUGUUGUUGUUGUUGUUGUUGUUGUUUAUUAUUGUUCAAUAAAAGAGGCAAUAAAGUCGGUUUUCCACUAGCAAAUUUUCUUGCGCGAAGCGACCUUUUUCCUUUGUCGGUAUCACUUAUUACGUCAGCAAGACGUAUCAAAAUGGAUGUCGACAAAGGAAAAAUGUCUCUUAACUCUUUCUCGACAGGCCGGUUUCGCAUUACAUUUCGAUUUGCGCGGAAAAAUUCGCUAGUGGAAAACCGGCUUAAUAGAGGGUAUAAUAAAACGCAUUUAAACGUACCUUUACCAUAGGCUAAUGACUCGGCAAAAUGAUCCAAACCAAAAGUCGGCAAAGAGAUCCCUCACCCCACUAGAAGAGGGUUAGCGCCGCCCCUGAACAUGUAUGCAAUUGAUACAUAAUCAUAAUUUAUACAUUAUAUUUGCCCAUUAUAUUUAUAAACUGACAGUUAAUAAUUAAUCUUUCACAGACUAAUAAAAUCAUCUGGGGCCAGUAGUUCAAAGGCCUACACGGGCUUCGAACAACCGGCCCCAGAUGAUUUUAUUAGUAUGUGAAAGAGUAAUAGUAUUAACUGUCAGUUUAUAAAUAUAAUGGGAGAAUUAGAGAUAGAGUAUAUAAAAUACUAAAGUAGGAUCAUUGCCAGUUGAUGGGUUAUAGGUUAAAAUAAUGAAUAAACUAUAGAUGGUAUUGUUGCAUCUCACUCGAUGGAAAUUUUAAUGUUGGGUUUUCUUGAUGGAUAAAUCAAUAAUUUGAAUUAAAAUAUAGACCUAACCGGGCCCUUGUUGCCUGAAUCAUAGAGAUUAUAAAUAACACUAGAGGAGGCAUGGAGUUUAAAAAUUGGGAACGCAGCUAAUGGGAGGCAAAUUCAAGUCCCGCAUAUAAAAUCGUUCUCUCAUUGGCUGAUUUAAAACUCGUCACCAAUGGGAACAUGAAUACACAUCCGGGACUUGAAUUUGCCCCCCAAUAGCCGUGUUCCCCCCUUUUUUUACUGAAUUAAGAUUACUUAUUUAUAAUCUCUAUGGGCCUGAAUGGCAUCUUAUUCAAAUCAUCAUUAACUUAAAAUAAAGGGAUCUCCCUCAAUUGAUUUAGCCAGAGGGCCAACCCCAUACCUGGAUCACUCAAAUGGCAAACCUUAUACACAGUAAAAAAUGUAUUAGCAAACUAAAUGGUGUUAUUGACUGAAGAAGAAUAAAUGUUAGACUGACUGCAUCAGAGUAUCAAUUUUCUGUCUGCAUCCUUUUGAAAGUUCAAUAUUUUUAACCUUACAUUAAUGAUAAUGAUUAUUCAAUUAAAGUCAACAAUUUCUUUUUCAUCCUGAGAACAUCCAGUUUCAGUCCUCCUGAACUUGUUUGACAUUCCUUGGCAGUGAUAUUUCUGUAGAUUUGCCAUUAUUUUAUUCCAGAUAUGAACUCACAGGCCCUAUAAAUUAAGAUUAAAUACAUAGUACCAUUAAUUUACAAAAUAGACCUUUGCAAUGUUUAUGCACUAGUCAAUUGAACCCCCGGUCCCUCGACCCCAGGGGGAUUAAUGGGGGAAUGGCAGUGGAUGAACACAGUCUUAAUGCAGAUUUCCCCCUGGGUACAGGGUAAAUAACAAAUCAAUUUAUUAGCCAGGACAAUUCCCAGUCAUGAAAAUUUCCCAAGUCAUGAAGUGCUGGGGCCAUAGGGACAGUAAUUUUAACAGUCGAUUUUCUCCCGGUAGCGGGGAAAUUACCAAAAUUUAACGUUGUCAAAAUGUUAAUUUCCCCGCCUCAUCCCGGGGGUCGGGGUUUCAUUUGACUAGGCAUUAUGGUGGGAUGCAGCCCCAAUUGUAUGUUUUCCACCAUAUUUUACAUGGGUCGUAACAUAUUUCUUCAGUACAUGGUCAUUUUUGGAUCCAUGCCUGGAACAUAUCAUAAUCUUGAAUCUAUUUUGGGCAUUCAAUCAUGUUUAAUAGACAUAGACAGUCCACAUAUGGACUGGUCAUGCUAUGUCUAAGUGCAUGCCUAUUGCCAAAAUAGCCUCAAUCAACACAGACCACAACAAAGGUAUAAAACAAAUUACUUACCAAGUGAUCACCCAUUGUAUAUAAUUUGUCUGACAUAUUCAUAGAUCUUUAUUUUUAUACUUAAGUUUACACUACAAAAAGGAUAAAAAUGAGACAAUAAUUACAUUUGAGCAUAAUUAUGAUCAUAAUUAUCCCCCAUAACCAUGUGAGAAAUCAUAGCUACCUCCUUCAUACCUUCCAUGACAAUUAUAGUCACCUGCUUAACCAGGGAAUAAAAGGAAAUAUGAGAAAUUGCUAAUUAUUUAACUGUAUGCACUCUUACCUACCUACCUAUAAUCUAUCCAUCGCAUAUUAUAUGCAGUAAAUACAUCAUUCUUGGUGUGUAAACUGAUCAAGUAUUUGGUUGACCUUGUUAAAACACAAUAGGAAUUGUUUAUAUAUAGCAGUGAUCAAACUUAAAUUAAUUACAAACAACAUGAAUAGGGACGGAAGGAGCGGCGGACAUAUGAUAUGAUAGCGUUUUUAACAUAUUCAAAGUUAAAAAGACUCUGACAGAAAUAUAAAGUGUAAUUGGAAAAAUUUAAACAAUAUUUUGAGAAUUAAAUGUUUUGUUUAUAUUAUGGCUUUUUAAUACAGUAUGACCGUGGUUUCUUGUUUCAUAUAUACUGAAAAUAUCGAUAAAAAUAUCAAAAUGUAAUUCCUAUAUAAAAGUACUUUAAAGUUUGUGCGUGUGUAUUUCUUCGUUGUGCACUAUGAAAAUGACUAAAAUCAAAAGGUCGGGUUGUUUUAAGCUUUUACAACUAUAACAUUACCUCAAAACAAGACACUUACCAAGUUAUUUUCUUCAGUAUUUUCCCCUCAAUCUUCAGAAAAAACCACAAAGAUUAAACGACAUUUAUUUUGCUGUAAAAGCCCGUUUGUUUUCUUGCUCUCGUGAUAUUGGUCGCAUUCGCCGUUUUGCAUCCCAGCGCUUUCGCAACAACCAAUAAAAACACGUUUUGGUGUUGUUCAAAUCAUUAUUUUACCACAGAAUAGAUACAGGACCAGAAGUGUCACUCAGACGAUAUUUCGUCCGAAAUUGUACGAGUGCUGACGUGAAAAUACGCCAUCAUAUGACGCCAUCCUGGAGUGCACACGGAAGUUUUUCAUAGGAAAACAUAGGUACAAAGUGCCGGGUGCACUCCAGGAUGGCGUCAUAGCAAGCAAAAAAAUUUCGGACGUUUUCCUUCAGCCAAAACAAAUAGGAGUGACACUUCUGGUCCGGUAUGUACUCUGUGAUUUUACCGUCUAUUUAUAACAAUGCUGUUCACGGUUGUUCGAACAACUAAAAACAACUUGUUCUUUCAUCAAUGUUGUCAACGCCUGUUCGAACAAUAUUGUUGACGCCUGAUGAAUGAACAACGCUGAACAACAUUGUUCUGACAACAUUUAUCCAGCAUGUUUCAUCAACCUUGUCGGACGCUUGUUCCAUCAUGUUGCAACAACCAUUGUUCGUUCAUCAAGUGUGAACAAGUUGUUGGAACAAUGUUGUUAACGAUUGUUGCUUGAACAACGUUGUUCAGCCAUGGUAACAUUGUUCAGGCAUUGUUCAAUGAACAACGCCGAACAACCUGAUCAAUUUUUACGCGUGUAACAGUAUUAAAUACAGUGCGUGUGCGGAGGAAAUAAAUCUGAUUGGCUGCCACUGUAAUAGAAACGUGUGGCAGUUAAAGGGUGCGCAGAACUCAAAAACCAACUUUUGUCUCAUGGUUUCUUUUCCACUCGGAAAGAUUGAUACUCAAGCUAAACCUUUGUAAUUAAAAAAAAACAUUGCCAUGUAAUUAUUGGUAAUAUGCAUGAGAAAAUUAUGCAGGAGCAAUUAAUUCAUAUGCAUGAAUGAAAUAAAUCAUUUACUCGAAACUGAUUUGAAUGGCACAACAAUUUAUUAUAACAAUACAAGUCUCUAACUGGAUGCGAGAAGCCAAAACUUGAAUCAAAACGUCUUUUGUUUUAGCGCUUGCCACACUGUAUAAAAACUGAUUGGUUAAAAUAAAAAAAAUUCUUGUCUUUUAUACAUUAAUUUUUAUGUUGACCAAUAUUAUUUAUAGUUAAAACAAUCGAAAAAUUAGUUACAAUAACGCAAUCUUUUGUUAUUUGAAUUAACAAUUAAGUGCACCUGAGAAAAUGUAUUCAUAUAUAUUUUAUUAUUAGAAUGCAGGUUUCUUUAAUAACUUCUUUGCACUUACAUAGAUUAGAAUUGAAUUUACAUAUACCGAAUUGAAAAUAUUUCAGGGGCGAUAUCAGAAAUUGAUUGGGACAGGUGAAAUGCCAAAAGAUUCAACAUUUUCAACUCUUUCUAAUGCAAGUGAACGGUCCAAGUUGGAAGGAGCAGGAAUAAAACAAGCUGAAGGUAAUAAUUACGACAGCAAUUGAAAAAUAAUAAGGGAAAUUUAGGUAAGGCAUAAUUAAAUAUACAUGCACGUACAUCUUUCCAGUCUUUGCGGAGGAAGCUCUGUUUGGUUUGGCUAUGCUCCUCCAAGAAUUUCGAAAAAUGUUUUUCCCUAUUUGAAAAAAUUUCGACAUUUUUAUGAAAAGGCAUCUUCUGCAUUUUGAGCAAGAUUCUGUAGGAUCUGAUUUGACUGAGUAAUUUUGUUGAUUUUACAUUUUUGGGCAGAAAAGAAUAUUAAGUUCUCCCAGCGGCAAUAUUUGCAGCUACUUAUGCUUCUCGUGACAGAGUUAAUUUGUAGAAAAAAUGGAUACACAACUAUCGUAGUAAUGUAUGAUACUGUAUCUCGUGCAUUAAUUUCAUACCGAUUUUAAAUUAUGUUUAAUAACAUAUUGUGAAACAAAUUUUAUUCAUUAUUCGUUCUUGAGAAAAAAAAAUGCGAACAAACAAAAAAUAAUUUCUCUUACACAAUAAUGAAAUCGAUAAAGUAGUCGUAUAUCUGCGUUGUAACUAAUUAAUGUUAAAUUUUUAUCAACAUUUUAAACGAACUGAUUCAAUGAAUGACGCUUCACGUAAUAUUCCAUGUCAAAUUGUAUUAUAUUUUAGAUUUAAAUUUCGAGAUUGCCUCGAGAAUAAACGAGGAAAUUCGAGUUGCUUUAGACCCCACAGAAUUGGAAUCGUUUGCUCGUCAAAUUGCUACUGGAAUGGUAAAUUGUUUACAAUAUUAUAUAUGAUUUUAUGAUUGUACCUCUGUCUUACUAUAAUGUUUUUAUCUUCCAAAUCAAAUUUCAUACACGCAAAAUACUGAACUGUAACAAAUGUUCUGAAACAAUGUCAUCAUACUUGUCCGUAAUGGUCCAAGAUUAUAAUAUUACAUAACCCUUCAGAUUUUUUAAUACUACUAAUAAGACUUCCGUAUUGGUCCCUACAUGGUCCCGUAUUGGUCCCCUCAACUAUAAUUGCACUCCAGUCAGUCAACUAUCCAAAGUCGGGAAAUAAUAUAUCGUUUAUAUUUUCGUUUUAGAAACAUGUUUCAGGACUUAGUAUUGUUCACCGUGAUUUGGCAGCAAGGAACAUACUACUUGGUGAAAACAAAGUUUUAAAAAUAUCAGAUUUUGGCUUGUCACGCGAGGGAACAUACAUAAAACAAUCUAACGGGAAAAUUCCAUUCCGAUGGCUAUCGAUUGAAGCGAUACAAGAACGAACUUAUUCCACUGCCGGUGAUGUGUGAGUACACAAAUUUACUACUAUUUUUAAAGGAAACAACUAUUUUGCUCUCAUACAUAUUUUAACACAAUCCAUCCCAGGAAAAAAAAUUGAAGAAAAUAUAAAUGAAAACAAAAUACUAAUACCAUACUUUAACAUCGAUGCAUUUUCGGGCUUUGCGACACUUUAUGUUGUUUCAACUUGAAAUACUGCUGCUCAAUCCAGAACGCUGAUUGAAUAUGACAGUAUACGAAUCGAAAAAAUGGCGCAAUGCAUUGCACUAGUUUCGAGGAAAUUGAUAAAUUUUAAAUAUUCACUAACGUUAUUUAGAAGAGUGAGGAAAGUUUUUCACUAAAUACUUUGCAGAAAGCCCUCGCGGUGUUGUCAAAACCACUAUAUUUUCCAAACAUGAAGUAUUUGAAGUGGUUCUCGAUCAUGGUAACACCAUAUUAUUAUUUAUAUUUUUAAAUUUAAAAAAAAAAAAAAAUUAUUAAUUUCCCACAUGUAUUUUCCCAAAUAUAUUGUAACAUGAUCUUCGUGUAAGGUAAAAUUCAACCAACAAACGUUUCGAAAACGUUUUAACUAUAAACUGCCUUUUAUCGAUAAACUUGGGGUUUGAAAUAAAAUUAUUUUAAAUUCUCGCAUGAUAAUAAUAACUUGUUUUCCUCCUUAUUUAAAUAUUGUUAAUAAUCAAAUAUAUAAUAGAAAUAUACAAAGGGCGAUUAAUAAAAUUACAUUGAAAUUAUUUUUUUCAUUACAUGCACAACGUCACAAGUGCACAACAUCAGUUAAGGCAAUUAAUAAUUAUAUCAAGCAAGCAACACAUCAAUAUCUAAAACAAACUUGGACUUUCCUUAGGUUUUACGAUUUUCAACUCUGUAUUGCCCCUGAUCUUUUCUACAACACGGCACACGCCAAAAAUAGUUGAAAGAUUAUUGCUUUUAACUGUAUAAAAAUAAAUUUCCGAAAGCAAACUCCAAUAUAGCUUCAUUGAAAAGUAAAGCACUAAUUCAAAGUUGUUCAACUAGUUUUACGCAAUAAAUUAUGAAUUGAACAUCCACACUCAAUUCUACUUCAUACCCACCCACCCAUCCUAGAAAUGUCAAUUUGUGGCAAGAAAAAAAACAAGUGUGAAUACUCAAAAAUACUUGUAUUAAUAAACAUAUCAAAUAAAUCUAAAGCGUUGAUUUAGCGUCUGAGAAGAAAGUUUCUUUAUUUUGUAUAUUUUUCUUGACUAGGGAAAAUAUUGUACAGGUUCAAUUGUGUUUUUAAAAUACGUAUUACAAAUGGAAUUUUAUAUUAUAGAAAAGAAUUCUAUUUUGUACUUUUAUAAUAUUCAAAAUUAUAUUACAAAUAUAUGCUUUUGAAAAUUGAAAUCUUGCUUAUCCCACUCCUAGCAAACAGCCAUAUUUUCGAGAUCAGUGAGGAUGACCACCCACGGUUGGUCACCCACGCCCGCGAUCAUUGAUGAACUUUAGACUUUGCUAAUGAUUUCUUUUCCCCGGGUGUAAAUAGCCGGGGGGAUUAGUACCAUCGCCCUGGGCUAACGCCCGGAACGGUGCUCGGCGCCGUUGGCUUGGGGACAACGCUAACAGCUUGAAACAGCCAGAGUUAUUGAACUAUGGAACAACCUACCACAUUAUUUAAAAAAAUGCCAGUCCUUUUCUAUUUUUAAAUCAAAACUGCAUGGAUAUUUUUCGGACAGGCUGCUAACGCACAUACCGCCGUAUUUUGAUUCAGAUACAGUCUGACUUCUAAAAAUUGGAUAUUUGCAUUUUUAUUAUAUUGUUGUUGUUGUUGGGGUCGGUUGUCAAUUGGGAAAUUUUCCUGUUACCUUCUUCUGUCAUUAUUUCUGCAAAUAUGUAAUUGUCCUUUGUUCUAAUUGUGAUAAAUUCAUUAAAUUAAAUUAAUUCCUCUCACCUAUGUAAGUUUUGUUAGUCUUGUUUAAUUUAAAACUCAUAUGCCGAGAAGAUAAAAUAUUACAGAACUUCAAAGAUACUGUGUGAUCGAACAAUGUAAAAUAGCCAUAAAUUAUAAACUAGCCAUCUUCGAACAAUGUGAACUAACUACACCAUACUAUAUACAAUAUACAAUAUUGCAAUAUACUCGAACAACGUAAACAAUGCAUCACUAAGCCAUACCUUUCGCUGAAUAUAACUUCGGCCACUUUGAACGUAAUUUUUUGGUAUUAGUAUUGUUCGAAACACAAUCCAACACACUAUUUAGAGUAUUAUUUUCAAGCUUGUAUCUACAGAUAUAUUUGUAUCUUUUACUUCGGUAUUUCAAAAUAUCUAUGUUUUACGCGAGAGCUUUGAACGGAAGUUGAGUUCAAAUAUCCUAAACAAUGCGAUGUUUACAUCCAAAAUCGGAAAUCUAUUCUAAAGGUCAAAGUACCCCUGUGGAGUGAUUUUCACGUGCAUGGGGCUAUAGGUGCUCCUAGCUUAUUGGCCAAUUUUAGCGUGUGGUACGCGCGUGCAAGUAAAACCUGGUCAGGAUGGAUAUGGUAAUGAAGGUGAUAGAGCAGAAAAUGUCGGCCAGUUAAGUGGUGAGGAUGAAAGUGACGAGGAGGAAAUCACCCAUGCUGUACCAUUCAAGUGCAUCGGUGGUACUCAUGAGAAAAACUAUCAACAUCAUUUGGAACAGGCAUACCUUGCUCUUCAUGGACAAGAUAAACCAGUGAAUGUAAGAAUAUGACCAGAGCCAUUGAAUCCAAUGGACCGAAGUGCAAUUGAUCUAGACUAUGGAACUGGAUGGACACAUGUUGGUUAUAUUGCUUCUGAACUAUUCGAGUAUUUGCACCAACUAAUUGCCGCUAGAGAUAUCUUGGAGGUCUAACAGUGGGAAAUUUGUCGUCGCUGACCAGAACUAUGCGAGUAUUUGCACCAACUAAUUGCCGCUAGAGAUAUCUUGGAGGUCUAACAGGUGGGAAAUUUGUCGUCGCUGACCAAAAAAUCGCGUGCAGAAACAAAGCUCCAUUGCACUUAUAUUCAAAACAAAGCAGAAAGUUAGCAAGAAGCUGUUUUAGCUGACGAUUUUUUGGUUUCCAUUGAACGAUCGAUUUACAAAGUAACGGUUAUUCUUUUAAAUAUCGUUCUUGAAUUCUUUUGUUUUGGGAUGAUUUUAAUUUUGUAAUCGAGUGAUUGGAAGAAGUGAUUUCGAAUAUGGCCACGUGAACAUGGGAGCAAAUACUUACAUGGCUUACUUAAAACCGUAGUAAACCAAGAAAAACGUGAUAUGAGAAUGAAAUAUAAGUUGAAAUUUAUUUUAUAAGCCUCAAAUUGUCCAUCCCAUGUUUCUUAAUGUAACUUCAGCGGCAUAAGUUCAAAAUACAAGCUCGCGAAAUUUGACAAAUUUUGAAAAUAUGUGGAAAUAGCUUGACUUUGAACUGUAUUUUCUUCAAAAUAGCCGGUGGCCUCAAUUUCCAAUAUAGCCAAAUGAAAAGAAAAACCUUCUCGGCGGAGGUAAGUAUCAAACAUAUUGUCAGGAAAAUAGGGGCUCACAAUGUUUUAGCUAUGUCUUUGAGACCCAGUUGCUUCGCACGUGUUGUGGUCAAAUUUUUGCCAAUGAAGAAUCAAAGGCCGAAAGGUGAACUUCCUUCAUGAAAACCCCUAGAGAAGGUUCUAGUUUGAAAAUUUAGCUCUUAAUUUCUAUUUCAUGAGCAUAUUUUUGGUUACAGGUUAACUGGAAAAUACAUGCAUGCAGAAACCCUCGCCUUGCUGACAAAACCAUUGUAUUUUCCGAACAUGAGCAGUUGUCAUGGUAACACGAUGAUUCUUUAAGAAUAUUCUUACAAAUCUCCUAAAAAUAUCAUUUUUAAUUACAAAAUUAUCAAUUAUCAGUAGUUAUAUAUAUAUAUAUAUAUAUAUAUAUAUAUAUAUAUAUAUAUAUAUAUAUAUAUAUAUAUAUAUAUAUAUAUAUAUAUAUAAGCUUCAAGUACUAUUUAAAAAACGAGCAGGAGUGUUUUAUUAGGUUUAAAGCCACGAGCGCGCAGCGCGAGUGGCUUUAGACCUAAUAAAACACGACCUGCGAGUUUUUUAAAUGACUUCAAAAACGUGUGCAUAAUAAGUCAAAUCUUUAUAUAAAAAUCUUUAUAUAAAAAUCUUUAUAUAAAAACCUUUAUAUAGUUUGCAUAACAAUGGUCUUUUGUUAAAGUGUUCUUUAGCUGGUAUAAAGACGUAUGCACGUGACUAAUUUCUUACUCAAGAUUGGAUAAUUGCUUCAUGAAUUAUUAAUGCGUUUUUGAAUUUCAGAUAAAAUUCAACCACAAACGCUUCGCAAAACGUUUUAAAGUGUCGUUUUCAAGUGUUCUUUAUAAAACUAAACAGCCUUUAAUUAAAUGGCUUUAUCGAUAAACUUUGAGUUUGCGAUAAAAUGAUUUCAAAUUCUCGCUUGCAAAUAACUUUGCUUUCUUUUUUAUUUAAAAAAUUCAAUAUAAUAAAAAAGGGAAUCAAAAUUAAAGAUACAUUGAAAUUAUAUGCUGUCUUGUUUAGUUGUUUCAUAUAUACACAAAGGCCGUUGGGUUUUAAAUCCAUUAUAAAAUCAAUAUUUAAAACAAACUCACCUUCGUUAACGUCGGCUCCCUUCUUUUAACCGAUUCUUUCGCCCUUUCUUCAUGAGAAACUUUUGAAAUUUACAAAAUCUUGCAAAAAUGCGAGCAAAAAAUUCAUCAAUCAUCAAAUCAAGAAAUGUUCGCUAUUUCGCUCUCGUCAUGCAGUCGUUAUAAUGCAAACUUUAAAUUGGACCAAUCAGUGUCCGCUAUUCAUGACGGUCCGUCAUAUUUUUGAGAUCAGUGAGGUUGACCACCCAUGGUUGGUCACCCACGCCCGCGCUACUUGAUGAACUUUAGACUUCCUAAUGCUUUCGUUCCCCCAGGUGUAAAUAGCGGGGGGGGGGGGAUAUUUUUGUACUUGAUGAGAUUCAAAAUUUGUUGUAUAUUCAGUGUAAUUUUGGUGAUGAUCGAAAAAGAAAUAAAGAUAUUAACUGCAUUAUAUCCUAUCCAUAUUCAUAAUAUAUCGGAACUUCUAUAAUAUAUCACAUCUCUUUAGAAAAAAGCGAGUAAUAGCAGUUCAUUAUCGAUCUGACUGACAAGGCAGCAUAUUUUACAGAGGGCUAUAUUCAACCGUGAAUAUACAAAAAACGGUUGCAGGACCGAGGGGAGCCGGCUGGAUAGAAUUAACUGAGAUUAUACUUUUGUUUAUUAACUAAUCGUGAAAAAAAUAGCGAAAUCGAACCGUGGAAAUUUGACAUUUUUGUCUUCAAAGAUUGUUGGCAGAAACGCCAUUAAUCGUAUGAAAAAAAUCGAUAUUUAUGAGACCUAUGUAAAUGUUUGAUGACACAAGUUUCGUGCGAGCAUGAGGAAAAUGCCUCAAUGUGAUUGGUCGAGAUAUUCGCCCAGAGUUCUCCUAAUAGGCUGGCCGACCUCCCCUGGAUCAUAACACUAUAGUGAAUAUAUUUCAGUGUUGGAUAUAAUCUCUGAAAGGGUUUGAAACUCAUUAUGAAAUGUUUACACUUACCCAAACAUAGCAAAAACAACGAUUAAAUUAUUAAAAACAUCAAGUUUGUCGUCGCAAAAUUCGUGUUUGUGAAUUGUGCCUUUCAAACUUUGUGAACACGGUACACAGCCAGUAAUUCAUGAAACUGCAGGUUUAUUUCCAGUUUAAAUCCAAAAGAAACGUUUUGUACUUUUGUAAACUUUUUACCAAAUAUAAAUUAAAUACAAUAUGCUGUAAAACACCAAAAUACGCAAAAUCAAAAAUCAAGCCAUAGCUAUAAUUGUACUCACGCAUGCGCAUAACGUCAAAAACCGUUCAUGACAGACAUAAUCAAAAUGAAGAACGACUUUGCACUUCGCUAUGUUCUCAACUACCCAGGUGUAAGCAGUCUCGGCGAUUAAGGGCAUGAUAGUUUGUUGCCACCGAUUUGUGUAUUAUGAUGCUAAUUACAGCGAAUAAAUAUUUAUUCUGGUAUCUUGAAGCUUUUAUGCGGAAAAUUUCGUUGGUAUGUGGGAUCGGGUAAUAAAAAUAUUUAUUUGGAAUUUUCAGAAUAUAUCAGGUUUCUACCCCGUGUGCGCGCGCUCUAUGCGUUCAUUGUUCACUAAAUGUUGAGAACGUAGAUGAGAAGGUUGAGGAUUUCACCAGAGCUACUAAUGAUAUGAUUAAUUACUAUUUCCUGGAGAGAACAGGUCGAAUGCAUUCUGAUGACAAUUGUUUUAUAACAGCAAAAAUAAAAAGAUUACCAAGGAAUCCAGAUAAUGCAUACAAACAAGGAAGAAUGCAUAAAUUAUGGAACUGCGAAAUAAAGUAGCAUCGGAAAUUAGAAGGGCAACGACGCAUUAUUAUGUAAUGAACAUUGAAAGGCGGAAUACUAACGGGGAUGCUCGAAUGUGGUGGAAGAAGGUCUGGAGCAGGGAUCAGACUCCAAACUCGAAGAUAAAGAUGCUGCGAAUAUGAUUAAUACGUUUUUCGCAGAUCUAACAAAUCAUUUCCCAGAAAUUCAAUCCAGAGUCCAGAGGGUCAUCUUACGGUCAGUCAGUGUCUUGCCGACUGUUACACCUGAAAGCGUUGCGAAAAAGCUUUCGUCCAUUCAGUCUAACAAAGCUCCCGGUCCAAAUGACCCCUACCUCAAGAUAAUCAAAAUGUUCGCGCACUUUUUUGCCAUCCCAUUAGCAAACAUUUUUAAUGCAUUAUUUGUGCAUAAAUUGUUUCCAAAACUGUUGAAAGAAUUCUACCUAGCACCCAUACCAAAAGUGGAACCGGGCACGAAUCUGGAUUAAAUAAGAUCGAUAGCUCUUACUAGCACAAUUUCAAAAAUACAGGAGUCUUACGUGGUUGAUUGGAUGUAUGAUUAUAUUGAGUCUACAAUUUGUAAGGAACAGUAUGGUGGUGUCCCACGCUCGUUAGCAGUCCUUGCGCUCGUUCACCUUCUACACAAAUGGAAUCAAGCAUUAGACUUAUCACAACGAGUAAUAAGAAUUGCGUUUUUAGACUUUCGUAAGACCUUUGAUCUUAUUGAUCACAACGUGCUAUUAGACAACUGUUGUAAAAUCGGACUCAGACUUGGGCUUAUUAGCUGGUACCGGUUAAGGUAAUUCUGAGUAAGAGGAUGCAAGUGACAAGGUUUGGUAACGAACUUUCUACAAGCUGUAUGAUUAAGGGAGGAGUUCCGCAAGAUAGUCGUAUAAGUCCAAUUGCGUUCGUCGUUCAUAUUAAUCGACUGAAGGCAGUGAUCAAAGACACCGAGAGCAGUUUGAUUAAUUCAAGCAAUGAUGUCAAUGAUGAUGAUUGUGAUAAUGACUUAAGUCUUUUCAUUGAUGACACAAAACUGUCGGAGGUUAUUAAUGUCCGUGAUCAUGUCUCAGGUACGCAAGUUGGGAGUACGUCCAAUAAUAUUAUGAAAGUUAUGGGUAUUGCUACGUCUCAAAAAAUGGAGCUAAACCUUACUUAAAAAAUGUGAGGAAAUGCAGUUAGACUUUCGUCAGAAUAGGACAGUUAUUCCACCACUAACAUUCAAUGAUACGUUGGAAAGGUUUUCCGCGUUCAAACUAUUGGGCUUAUGGAUUGGCGAUAAUUUAAAGUGGCAAACUAACACUGAUUAUAUAAUAGGGAAAGCAGUUAAGCGACUCCUUUAUUAAACGUUUUAAAGAAAUAUGGUACUGACAAGAUUGAUAAUUAUGAAACGGUUUUACAUUUCUGCCAUCAGGACGAUACUUGAAUAUGGAGCGCAGGUCUGGCAUGGGAGCCUUACUAAAGCACGGAGCAGCAGCAGCAUUGAGUAGUACAAAUUGGCAUUGAGAAUAAUCUAUUCUGAAAAGAUUAUGAAAAGCUAUUGCUGCAUGGAAGCUGGAAUGCAUACGCUUGAACACUGUCGCAAUACUAUGUGCGUUGAUCUUAUUAGUAAAAUGUCUUGCCCACAACACAAAUUAACUGCAUGCACCAUGCAUCUUCUUCCCAACAAACUCUGCCAGGUACGGCAAAGGGAUACACGUCAGAAUGGUCAAUUGUUUUACUAUUGCCACUACAGAACAGAACGUUUUCGGAACAGUCCAAUUGUUUCGUCAGUCGAACUUUUGAUAAUAACUCUUAUUUAUAAUAUAUCUAUAUAUUUUAUUGAAACUUUUUGUAAAACCUAAUUUAGAUAGUACAAUAAUUAAUGUAUUUCUUCCAUAAGUAUGUAAUGCGCACUCUAAUUUAGCUACUUAUUGUAGCUAUCCAAUGUGUAAUUUUCAUAUUAAUAAAACAAGUUAAUCAUUUGGUUAUUUAACAAUUAGACAACGAGGCCGAGUUUUUCAUGAACGAAUAGUGAACGAAGGCGUCGCCUGAGUUGACUAUUCGCCAUAGAUAACAAGGUCUAUAGUUAUCUAAAUAAAUUUGAGCAUGAAGGGGAAAAGAAACAACCUAUUAGAAUGUUUGAUCCAGAAAAGUAACUUUCAAUGGACGAGAAACAAGCUGUAGGUCCCUGGCAGGAAUCCAAAAUGCGGCCCUGCGAUUCCGGUGCAGCGCCCCAAUAAAUGUAUAUAAAUUUCUAUUCAAUAAUUUCCAUCUGCAAGAUCUUCAACUAUUAUGGAAUCGAGUGAGAUGCCAACAAAAUCUUGAAAUUGUUUCAGUAUAAUGGUAUAUAAUAGAAAAAUAUGUGAUUUAAUAUACAUUUUUAAGUACCUAACUGGUAGUUUGUGUUCUCCUUUAUUCCCCUUUUGUUGAGUUACCAUUCUUCGGGAACUAGCGCUUGUAGACGCCGCUACUGAAUACAUAAUAGGGAACAAAAGCCAAUGAAGAGCUCGCAACAGUCAGGUGGUCUAACCAAUUUUGGAAUCUAUAUAAUUAGUGAUAACAUAUCAAACAAUCACGUCAUCAUUUAAAAAUUGUGUCUUAAUACGUACAAACCCUCAAUUUGCAUGCACUAUUUGUUUUAACGCCAUCUUGUUUGUUAAAUUUACUCGUUUUUUUAUAUACGUUUUUAUAUGCGUUUGUGUAUGGUCUUGUCCACCUAUUCAUAUACGCGUCUUUUUCAUUUUUUAGUUGGGCAUUUGGAGUUGUAUUGUGGGAGAUAUGCACAUUAGGUAAGCACAUUUCCUAUCGGUUUCCCGACGGCUAUACAGUGUCAAGCGAAUAGAAGCAGACAGCUGGGAAAAAGAUAUUUUACUAAGAACGAAUGAUUCUUUCUAAUUUGACUAGGAACUGAAAUAAAAACGUUUUACGGCAUAAAUUUAUGUAUCAUUUUUUUAUUUCCUCAUGCAUGUUGCUACUUCCAUUUGUUUAAAUUCUGGAACCUCUACAAUCUGUGCUUACCCAUAUUUGUAUAUUUUAGGGGACACUCCUUAUUCCUCAGUAUCGGACAGGGAUCUCAAGAAUUUCCUGCUUGCCGGAAAGAGAUUGGAGAAAGUGGACAGCUGCACGGACGAUAUGUAAGAUUUUCAUUAAACGAUUUAUGUACCCGCUAACUAACUUUACUUUGUGAAAAGCAACUAGCUCAAUGCUAUCAGGACAGGAAUAUAUAUGGCUGACAGCGUGCAAGCAAUGUGUCAAAACUUUGACGAAAGACCUUUGCUUGACAUGCAACUGGCAAUUUUCAUAUUUUCUAAAUAGAAAAUAAGGAUUCUGAGAGUUUGUUACGUGCAAUUUUUAAAGUGUAGUGUAAUAUACAAUAGAAGCAAUAUAAAAAAUUAAAUAGCAAUUAGCAAACGUAAUGAAGGAAAAUAAACUGAUAUUGUACAGGGAGUGUUAUUAAAAUAAUAAUAAUAAUAUUUAAUAUCCAUCUUUGGUUAAAAAAGUACAAUGGAUUUACAAGAAGUGCUAAGGUUAAAAUUGAUAAGAAGAAAUUUUACUAUUAUUUACAUCAAUGUUGCUAAAAAUGUUUAUACUAGUUAUAUAUUCUAUAAAAUUAAUUUAGGACUGUUUUAAAUUAGGGAUAUGGCUCUAGGUAUAAAGGAUUGCCGGUGUCGUUUAGUAUACGAUACAACAUAUGGUAGAUUAUGUGUUGUUCUUAGAUCGUGUUCAUGGGUAAAAGGUUGGGGGAUAAGUUUAUUACAUGGGUUGGUCGGAUCACUUAGAAUUCUUUGGUAUUCCUUAACAGUUAGGUGUGCCCUUCUUUGUUCUAGCGUUUCAAAGUUGCACCGAGAUGUGCCAAGGAUUUUGAUGCAUCUGUUUUGAAUGCUCUCUAUUUCAUCAAUGAGAUAUUGUGGUAAACCACCCCAUAUCGGAGCUGCAUAUUCUAAAACAGGUCUAAUCUUGGAUUCAUAACAUGUAAUACCGACCUCAGGAGGAAGAUUCGCCCUACGUCAUUCUCUCAGACUAAAAAUUCGUUUAUUUGCUUUCCUUACAAUGUUCUUGACAUGACAGUUCCAUUUCAAAUUGUUUUGAUGCCAGACACCCAACAGUUUAUGAGAAUUUACUCUUUCCACUACCUCGUUUCCAAUGACCAAUGGUUCUGGUGCCGGUAUUGCUGUGUUAAAACAUAUCCACAUAUCUUUUGUUUUCUUCGAAUUUAUCGUCAUUUUGUUCCUAUUAGACCAUUUUUGUACUGCUUCAAGGGCCUCCUGCAUAUGGCUGGAUGAACCUUGUGACACCACUUCGUCCUGUGUACAAUCAUCCGCGUAUUUGCAUAUGUUUAUGGAUAAUCCAUCUGGGAUUGAGUUCUCAAUAUCGUUAAUGUGAAUAUUAAAAAGAGCGGGAGACAUCACAGAACCUUGUGGGACUCCUGCAGGACAAGGUUUGACCGAUGAUAGCGUUCCUGCUAGUUUGACCUGUUGUCUUCUAUCUUCCAGAAAACUACGUGUCCAUAGCCAAAAGGCUUUGGUUACAUUCAUUUCUGCGAGCUUACGAAGUAGAAUUCCGUGGUCAACAAGGUCAAACGCUUUGCGAAAAUCUAUGAAUAGUGCAUGAACUCCAUUUUUGGCGCUAUGAAUAUUGUCGGUCACAUUAAACCAGUUCUGCGAGAUGUUGGUGAGUGCGGACACGGUUGAUCGUUUGCUGAUUAUCAUUUAUACGUGAACUGGGAAGGUUCAGUUUGAGCUGCAGCUUUUCCAGCACUUUAGCCAUUUGGGGAAGAAUGGGUAUCUGGCGAAAGUCAUUCUCGAUAUCUCUUGGUGGAUUGACCUUCGGAACUGGGAUAACUAAGGCGUGUUUAUACGCAGUUGGAUAUUCACAUUCUUUUAUACUGGCGCAAAUAAUGUCAUGAACGAUGGGCGCUAGUUCUUCACAGUAUCGUUUAAGCACCCAUGCUGGAAUCCCAUCGGACCCGGUGGCUUUUUUAGAGUUUAGUUCUUUCAAGGCAGUCUUAACCUGUCCAAUUGAGGGAGUAGGAGGAUUUUCUUGCCUCAGUGAUGACGCUACGUCUUCAAGACUAGGGAUUAUGGUUUCAGAAAGUUUUGACCAUGGUUUAGUAAAUAUAUUCUGCAGUAUUUCUGCUGUAUCGGGAGUGCUGUCUGAGAUUAAGUUGUUGUUUAGAUUGUCACCUUCAAAGCCAGCUAACUGGGAUAUCGUUCUAUGCCAUUUUGCUGCAUCGUGUUUGCGUUUGCUUUUGACCUUAGAUGAAUAAAAUUCUGCUUUAGCUUUCUUGAUAAGUGUAAUGAUCUUAUCAGCCAAUUGUCUAUAUUUGGUCAUGUUCCCAGUAGUAUAGGCUUUUUGCCUCGCUUUAAUUUCUUUUUUGAUAUAAGCCGUCAUCCAUGGCUUGUCAGACGCAUGGGUACGUAUCGUGGUUACAGGUAUUGUUUUAUCUAAUAUGUCUAUUAUAGUAUUUGUAAAAAGACUAACUUUGUUAUUGAUAUCUCGAUAAACUAUAAUUAAUAUAUAAUGAAAGUUUUGUCAAAACCGUGUAUAUACGAAUGUUUGAGGGCUAAUCAGUCCAGGGAAAAUCUCAGUUCUCCUUCGUGCAUGGCAUUAGAGACCUUACGAUGUAGGACGGCAACGUGACGACGACGGCCAUAACAAAGGUAUUCAAAUAAAUUUUUGAAAAGAAAGUUUAAAUGACUAUUACUGUACAGGGUGUCUCAAAAAAACCCAAAAUCAUUGAAAUAACGUAUUGUUCGAAUUUCAAUGCCGUAACACAAAGGAUUUUGACAGGGUGAUUAAUUUGUUUUAAAAAAUUAAAAUAUCUUUGUAAAGUGAACGUUUGUUUGCUCAUGGGAAUUUAAAAAUGCUUCGUAAAUUGUAAUAUGCGUAAUAUGCAUUCGUGGGUUUAGUACUUUAUGCCUGACAUAACAAGUUUACGCUGAGUAUUACCAUUCAUUAUAGCAGUUAUGUCAAUCUUUUAUGCACUCGUGAGAUUAACUUAGUGCUAGGGCAUUGAAUAUCGAACAAUACGUCAAUUUCAAUGAUUUUGGGUUUUUUUGAGACACCCUGUAUAAUAUUAUUGAUUUGGAUGACGUCUCAUACUCCCUUGAGAUGUAAAUUAUUCGAAUAAAUGAUCGGAAAGACAGUUUUAAGAUUAUUAUUGUAUAUAAUAUUAUUGAUUUGGAUGGCGUCUCAAACUCGAUCCCUUGGGCUACUAAUUAUUUAUUUCUUUUCUUAAUUAAUUAAAUAAUAUAUUUUAAAUAUCAUUGUUUUAAUAGCCGUCGUCGACACGUUGCCGUUGUUAAGGUUUCUAUUAGGGAGUUUGGCAACCUAUAACGGCAACGGCAACGCCCUUACAAAAAAUCCACAUGAAUUCACACAUGUGAUUUCAUGUGAAAUCGUGUGAUAACAUGUGAAAUUAUGUGAUCUCAUGUGAAAUUUAACAUGUGAAAAAAUUUCACAUGAAAUCACAUGUGAAAUUUCACAAGUGAAAGGAUUUCACAUGAAAUCACAUGUGACAUUUCACAUGUGAAAAGAUUUCACAUGAAAUCACAUGUGACAUUUCACAUGUCAAAGGAUUUCACAUGAAAUCACAUGUGACAUUUCACAUGUGAAAAGAUUUCACAUGAAAUCACAUGUGACAUUUCACAUGUGAAAGGAUUUCACAUGAAAUCACAUGUUACAUUUCACAUGCGAAAAGAUUUUACAUGAAAUUACAUGUGACAUUUCACAUGUGAAAAUAUUUCACAUGAAAUUACAAGUGAAAUUUCAGAUGUGAAAGGAGUUCACAUGAAAUUAUAAAACUACAAGUGAAAUUUCACAUGUGAAAGAAUUCCACGUGAAAUUACAAAUUACAAGUGACAUUUCGCAUGUGAAAAGAUUUCACAUGAAAUUACAAAUUACAAGUGAAAUUUUACAUAUGUGAAAAGAUUUCACAUGAUAUUACAAGUGAAAUUUCACAUGUGAAAAGAUAAGGAUUUCACAUGACAUUACAAAUUACAAAGUGAAAUUUCACAUGUACGAAACGAUUUCACAUGAAAUUACGAAAGAAAUUUCGCAUGUGAAAGGUUUCACAUGAAAUUACAAAUUACAAUGAAAUUUCACAUGUGAAAGGAUUUCACAUUAAUUUACAAGCAGUGGCGGCGCCAGGCCUCAAAAAUGGGGGGGGGCAUUUCAGGUGCAAACUCAUAAUUUUUUUUGGGGGGGGGAGAUAAAAUUUUUAAAUAGGUUGUGCUAUUUGGCCAUGCCGUUGUCAUAUGACUCCCUUCCCCCAAAGGAGAUUCGUCCCCCCUCAAAAUGGGGGCGAAUACCCUAGGAAUAUCUCCCCCCUUUAGGAUAUUCGCCCCCAAUAUAUUUGCUCAAUUGCUCCCCCCUGGCGCCGCCACUUAUUACAAGUGAAAUUUCACAUGUGAAAAGAUUUCACAUGAAAUCACAUGUGACAUUUCACAUGUGAAAAUUAAAGAUUUCACAUGAAAUUACAAGUGAAAUUUCACAUGAGAAAUGAUUUUAUAUGAAGUAAAAAAGUGAAAUUUUAAUUCACAUGAGAAAGGAAUUCACAUAAAGUUACAUGCGAAACUUCAUAUGUGAUUUAGGAUUUCACAUGAACGGUAAAAAGUGAAAUUUCACAUGUUAAAGGAUUUUAUAUGAAGUCUUAUUUCACCUUGAGAGCCUGUUCGCAGGCUAAUAUGAAGUUAAUAUGCAAGUGAAAUUUCAUAUGAAGUAAAAAGUGAAAUUUCACAUAAAAUUAUGCACUGAAAAACAUCAAAUUCGGAUCUAGAAUAAUUUUCUUAUUUUUUAGAUUAUCUUUCUUAUUUCCAGUAAUUAUUUCUUAUCAAGCAAUAUUUCAAGAAAAAAAUCUCGUUUUGAGAACAAGGCAAGAAUUGGAAUUUUCGAGAAAUUUUUUCUUAUUUUAAGAAUGACAUUUUUCCAACCUAGAAUAAGAUUCUUAUAAUCAGGAAAAAAAAUUGAAAUGAAGUUUAAUUAAUAUUACUUUAAGUCCUUUAAAAUCGCAUAGUAAAGCUAGGGAGCGCUUUUUGGUGUAUCUAUUUUAGAAGACAAGGGCACGCGCGCAAUGAGUUGUGGGAUAUCGCGUAUCAAAUGUCAAGUGUCAAAGUGUGAUUUGCAAAUUUUCGAUUUUUUCGUUUGGAUAUAUUUCGCUCAAGAAAAGUUAUAUUUCGCAUUGGAUAAGGACCGAUAAGUGACUCUAAGUCCUGCUAAAGGCUUAUUGAUCUCAGGUAUGUAUUAUUACUCUUUAUAUCAUAUAAUUAUAACGUCCAUCGACCCUAUUAUUUCAUUUUAUCUUGUGGCUGUACUAGCCUGUUGUGGCUGCUAAAAUUUGAAUUUGCGCGCGAGAGAUUUUAUAUAGAGCCAAAUAUUAGUUAAAACCAACAAUUCAAAUUUUGAAUAAGCACAUUAUAGUAAAUACUGGGUUGCACUUGUUUGACAAAACUCGAGAAAGCAUCUUUGAACCCACACAGUGUAUUAUUUGAAACAAUAUGUGAAAAUAUGUGAAUAUGAAUAUAAAUAUGGCUUUGCUACAAGCCUAUUUUAUAAGCCAAAACAUGAGAAUUAUUUGAGAGUAUUAAUUAAAUUCUGUUCUUUUAAUCACCUCUCCCCUGGAUUUCCAAGGUCUUUCAAGUCAUUGCGUGCCAGCUCUCUCCCCUUGACAAGUAAAAUCACCUAGGCAUUAACUCUGCCUAGGGUUACUGGCCGGGUUAGUCGUGUUUACACUACAAGCCUUGGCCUAGCCUUGGCCAGGCCAAGGUAAAUGUGGCACGUUUUUGAGGCUCACUUUGGCCAAGAAUUUUGUUAUUAAUUUUGUGUAUUUUUAUGUGUUGUGACAUUGUUCGCUGGUUGUCCGCUAAUCUCUCACUGUGGACACAUGUUGCCAUGAAAAUAAGCCCCGGCCAGGGCCGAAAGUGUUUACAUCCCCACAAGGUUAGGCCAGGUCUAGGCCACCGGUUGUAGUCAGCCCAGAUUUCCUGGCCCAGGUCAGGCCAUUAGGCUAGGCCAAAGUCUGUUUACACUGUCAAAAUGUAGGCCAAGUGCAGGCCAAGGCUGGUAGUGUAAACACGACUAUUGAAUGCAUCAGGGCGCAUUACGACUAAAUCAGGGCUGCAAAUAAAUAUUUGACUUGACAGGACAUUUGUCCGAUCACUUUUAAUUUUGGUCGGACAUAACUUGAAUUUGGUCGGACAAAAACCAACACCACUAAAUUUGGUCAGACAUAUACAGUAUACGUCACAAGAUAUAUAUAAGUCACGAGAAAAGUAUGUAUAGCCAUUACGAUGCAAUGUUAAGUUAAAUGCUAGAAUGCCUCAUAAAUAUUAUUGCAAAAUGAGUGAAUUUGCAAUCGGAUUUUGUGACAGCAAAAAAAUGUAUAAUGUGACAAUUUUUUUUUGUGAUCAGACCAAUGUCCGAUCAAAAUUAUUUUUGCUCGGACAUUUGCCAAAUUUAGUCGUACAUUGUCCGAUGUCCGACAGUAAUUUGCAGCCCUGCUAAAUGGUUAGUGCUUCCCACAAUAUGGUAAAAAAGUGUAAACUUUUGCUAGCUUGAGGUUGAAGGAUUUCCAAGCUAAACCCUUCUAGAGUUUACCCUGUACAUAUAUGUGCCUGUUUAUAUGAUAAUGGCAUGACUGGACAGUAGGUUUUAAUCCAGGAUGGUGUGUUUAACCCAUUGAGUCACAUUGCACCCUGAUGCACCCUACUUUAGUAUUUUACUCUGUCUAACGCCAGACGAUUUUACUCUGUCUAACGCCAGACGAUUUUACUCGUCAAGGGGAGAGCGCUGGUGCUUAAUUGGUUAAUAUAGACAGAAUACACCCCACCUGGCAGGGAUGAUAGAGUACUUAUAUGAGAGUUUCUUGUCCUGGCAGGUGGGAUCCUGUCUAGGCCAGAUAGAAGUAGAAUAAUUCACUUUAAUUACUAAACUGUUGAUAGAGUUCAUAUUGCAAGCUGGAUCAUGCCGGCGGGAUCAUAAUAAUUACAAAGUGGCUACAGUAUACCUACAGGUCCUUAAACAGACUUUGCCAGGCUAUAUUUACAGGCUUACACUUACAGCACUCUUAUGUACUAAACCAGCACUAUAAAAUGUAUUGUUUACGAAGGAUUUUAGAUUGAAUUAAUUAACUUAUAAAUAACCAUUAAUUUAUAAGAACAGAAUUUAUGCACCAGUAUACUUAACGAUCCACAUAGCCUUGAGAGUAAAAUGGUCUGGCAUUAGACAGAGUACAAUAAUCUGGCAUUUAAAAGACAGGAAAAUAAGGAAGUAGGACACACAAGGGUACAAUACAACUUAUUGGGUUCACUAAACACAUGGCCAUAUUAACCCAACAAAACAGGAAUACUGCUCAAGAAGUUUGGCAGGUCAUUAAGAUGGGGUGUUAACUGGAUAUUACACUAGGCCGGACAUGGCAUAAGCUGCAUUGUGCCACAACUUUAUUGUUUUACUCUGUCUGAUGGGUCGUUCCAGAAAAGAUCCACUCUCCCCUGGGCACAGAGGAAAUUUCUACCAUCUGGAGGGGAGGGGAGAAAAAAUUGUUUCUGAUAAUAGUAAGUGUAUUAGGACAUUCAAAUUUCAAAGGGGAAAGGGGGUUAACUUCCAAUUUCCUUUAUGGGGGAGAUAUCGAUGUUCUCUGUAAUGACCCAAUGUCAGAUGAUUUUACUUGUCAGUGAUAUCACUGAGUAGAUUACUGAAACAAGUAGCACUCCUCUCCAAUAUAACUAAGGUUAAAUCAUAAUCUUAUGAAUCUAUUCAAUGUUUUCUGGAAUGAGCCAAUAGCAUAUUAAAUCACAAAUACCAACAACCAGUAGCAGAUACCUUGCAAAAUAUUGGAGGUGCUGUUGAGAUGUCUGUUAACAAAUACUAUCUGCAUAUUUCUCUUGUUAACCCAUUCACUGGCAAUAUGCACUCUAUUUAUAUUACUCUGUCUAAUGCCAGCAAAUUUUACUAUUUUACUUGUUGAGAAGAUAGCCUUGCAGCACUUUCCAAUUUGCCAUGUAUCAGGGCAAAAGACAUAUGAACCAAGGGUUAUCAAUUAUGAUAAUACUAGAACUAACUAUAAUUCAACCAAGGGUUGGGUUGUGCUACUACAGUAGGUCCUCCCAUUCGUAAUAAGGUAGAAAGUUUAUAGGUUGGACAGGAGAGAACUGCUCAUAUUGCUGCAUGCAAAGUGUGAAGUGCUAUAUACUGUAAUGUUAACUGACUGUGGAGUUCCAGUACAUGAAAUAUGUAGAGCUAAUGAUAGUCUUGUAUUUCCUUUCUUAUAGUUCAUGUGACUAAACAUUUUGCGGGAGCAAAAGCUUCAUCAGUGAAAGCUGCCAUGGCCCAAAAGUGCAAAGACAAAAGAUAUACUGAGACGAAAAGAAGAAAAAUUGCAGAAGACAUUUGAACUGCUAAGUUUUUUCCUUAUUAUAAAUUAUUUUGUAUGGUAGCUAAACAUUUGUAGCAAUUAACUGUAUAAAUAAGUUAUUUCAACUUUCUAUGUAUACAGUAUCUCACUGUUUGACAGGUUUAAAUGUGCAUGAUUGAAGCUUUGCAUAAUUUCACAUGUGAAACUGGAACAUGUGAUAUUUCACAUGUGUAUUUGGAAGAUGUGAUAUCUCACAUGUGAAGUUUUACAUGUCAGCACAUGUGAAAUUAUGUGUUUCACAUGUGAAGUUUCACAUGUGAAUUUGGAACAUGUGAAUUUGGAACAUGUGACUUUUCACAUGUGAACACAUGUGAAAUUAUGUGUUUCACAUGUGAAGUUUCACAUGUGAAAUUUCACAUGUGAAUUUGGAACAUGUGAAUUUGGAACAUGUGAUUUUUCACAUGUGAACACAUGUGAAAUUAUGUGUUUCACAUGUGAAACUUCACAUGUGAAAUUUCACAUGUGAAGUUUCACAUGUGAAUUUGGAACAUGUGAUUUUUCACAUGUGAAAUUAUGUGUUUCACAUGUGAAACUUCACAUGUGAAAUUUCACAUGUGAAGUUUCACAUGUGAAUUUGGAACAUGUGAAACAUAAUUUCACAUGUGAAAUUUCACAUGUGAAAAAUCACAUGUUCCAAAUUCACAUGUGAAAUUUCACACAUGUGAAAUCAUGUGGAAUUUUUGUAAGGGCGUGUUCAUCAACAAUAUGCAUUGAUCCUCAAAGACAAAGGCGAAUGUAAAUUACAUGGUCUUUAGCUUUGUCCAAUGCCGUAGUUGUUGAAAUUGGUACGUUAUUUGCAUCACUUUCACCGGUGCAUGACUACGGCAACAGUUAGUUCGUUCGAUGUUAUUUGAAGUGUUUUAUUUGGAUUCGCGGACUAUUUUUACUUAGGGGCUGUUUGCCGAGAGAAACAGGAAUACUUAAACAGGCAAAUUAAGUGUAGCAACGUAUACUUUGGCUCAAUUACAACAAUAUAAGCAAUUAUAUUUUUGCCGUUCCCGUUGUCGUUGCCGUUCUAGAUUGCCAAACUCCCUAUUGUUACUUUGAGGGACACCAAAGAACUCAAUGUGUGUUUUUCUCAAUCUUCAUGUUAUAGACGCUCUGAGUUUGAGGCAGCAUUUUCUUGGUGAUAGAAACACAUACUUUAAUUCAGUAGUUUAUUUUAUUUAAAUUUUGAACAAUCCAAAUCUUACAAAGGGAAAUGCCAAAUUAAUAAUUAGAUUUCUAUAAUUAUUUUAGAUAUGAGAUAAUGCUAAAGUGUUGGAGUCAUUUUCCAAAAGACAGACCAACAUUUACUGAAUUAUCAGAUAAAUUAUGGGAUCUUGAGCAUAAAGAAAAGCCCUAUGUCAAUUUAGACAGUUUAAUGCAGCAGUCUAUCCAAAGUGAAGGUAUGCAAAACUAUUUUAUUUGUACGAUAACUUUUUUGCGGAAAUUCUAAUGCUGAUGUAGUAUGCAUUUUUACAGCAAGCUUGAGUGGAUUGGCUGUUCGACAAAUGAUAUUGGUUCGACAAUAAAACACUUUGCACUCGGUGCAUAUAUUAUGAGCACAUGCAUGUGAGCUCACCUAUGAUGGAUCCUAAGUAUUUAAUAUCAAUAAAUAUCAAUACAAACCUCAUACAUACUGUACAUAUAAUAUCCACACAGUUAUAUCAAUUAAAGGAGUCAGUGUAGAAACACGCGGAGAGAGUAUAAUGUGCAUAUACGCGAGGAAAAAUGCGAGGAGAAUGAAAAAACUCCAGCGUUUAUCUCCGCAGUAGCUGUAUGGUGUGUUCCAUGCAUAUACGUUGCUUGGUCAACUGUUUGUCAACAGAAGCAAUCCGAAGGCAAACCGACCACGGUUUAGAACUAUUCAUAACAAUAACAGUCUUUUGCCUUUUAAAACAAGUCGUUUGAGUAUAAGUACAAUGACUACAUCUCUGAAAUCUCUAAUCGCAGUAAUAUUUUGAAUAAAAAUCAUGUCCACGCAACUUGUGGAACACAUUCAAUGUAGCUAAUAUGUGAGCAGGAAUAUCAUUAAAUACUUACCUAUUUUUCAAAUUUAUCGGUACUUCUUUGUAAACAUGAAAAACGUGAUGUAGAUAUCAAUGUCAGAAUCGGGUAUAUAUAGUUUUGGAAAUUGAACAGCAACGGUCUGGAGUUUCAACCAUUUCCUCUUCCCUCGCUUUUCCCUCGAUUGUUCUUUUCGCAUCAAGCAUUGCUUUGAUACAACCGUAUGGAGAUUAUGUACAGUACUGUUUAAUAAACGAGCAGGAGUGUUUUAUUAGGUUUAAAACACGACCUGGGAGUUUAUUAAACAGCUUCAAACACGACUACAAAUUCAAUAGAUUUACUGCCUUAUUAGUAUUCUUUAUAUGAAAAAUAUUAAUUAGUAUAGGAGUGUUUCAUUUAACAAAUAUAAAACAUUAUCCGUGUUGAUAUACAGUUAUAUCAACACGAGUGGAAUUGGGAAAACGAGAAAUUGUAUGGAAACACGACGCCCGAAGGGCGGAGUGUUUUCAUACAAUUUCGAGUUUUCCCAACUUCCACGAGUGUUGAUAUAACUACAUAUCAAUACGGGAAAAUGUUUUAUAUUUUUUUAUAAUAUAGCACUGUCAAAAGCCCGAAGGAUAAGAAAAAUUUCCGUGUUUACAAGCGGAGGAAAAUUUCCCGUGUUGACAUCGAGUUAUAUCAACACGGCUCUUAGCCAAUCAGCGUUCAGAAUUUACAAAUGCUAUAUUAUAUAACAUGUUUUAAAGCCACUGCGCGUGACGUAUUAUGGUUCACAUGAUUUGCCAAUAAGCUUGUGAAUGAUUAGUUAGUGUUUGAAGUAUGUUUAUGCUUGUCCUGAUGUUUUUAUAUGCACACUAGGAAUAUUUAGGACGUUUUCUCCCAGUACAGCAGGCUCAUAUUUUCAGCGAACCUCCGAUAAAAAAUUGGAACGUUUUACACAGGGCUGCCAUUUUUGGCGAGAUGUCCGCUGAAUAUGACCGACGUGGUGUUAAAUAGGACAUAGUCGGGCUGCGUUUGGUAUGAUCUACAGGAGAAAACGAUCAUUAUUGCAAAUUCUGAGUAUAGUGGUUUGUUUCAGUUGUCCCGUUUAUGCAGAUAUCAUGCACAUGCUCAGAUAAGGUUUACUGCAAUUGCAUCCAAUCGGAGAUGUAAUUUCAAACGAUUUUUCGGUCCAGAAAUUCCCUGAUUCACAUAAUUAUUUUGUUUACUUGGAUGGUGAAGAAGAGGAUGGCCAGCUAAACCAGGUAAAUUAAAGCCAUAGUCAAGUAACUGGAUAACAGGCCAAAAGCGAAAAUGAACAUAGAAAUUAACCCAUUUUUUCUAGGUCUUAAAGAUAUUCCAUAAUUUGAUGUAGCAUUUUGAGAAACUGUCAUAUUUAUUGCACGAAGAAGUUACGACUUGUUUAAUUUUCUCGUUUAUACAAUUAUAAGUAAAUAAUAAUGUCCUAGAAAAACAUUAUUCCAACAUAUAUUACCCCUCGCAAUAAGAUUGUCCAAUCAGAGAAGUUGUUUUCCAUCACAUGACCAUAUUAUCUUCAGGAAAUACCAUGUCGUGGGAAUCUCGUUCCGCGGGUCUUUUCGACUCGAAUACCGCGCUUGAGCGGGGAAUAUGACUUUGAAUACCCCGCUCCUGCCCAGUCAGUUGUCCAAUUUCAUCGGCCAGAAGCAGCGGAAUCAGCAGAGGUUGAACACGAAAUAAAUAAUGAACUUAGGAGGUUAUUGGCCACUAGCAACGAAGGGGUAUUUCGGGCUUAGCCCUUAGGAUAUUUCAUCAUUUAGGUGCUCGUUGCUCCAGGUCUAUGACCGAUAAAUGCGCGAGAAUGAAACUAGCGACUAUUUGUGACCACGUCUGUACUAAUAUAGAAGGUGACAUUUUAGAGAAGAGUCUAGUUACUUGGAUAUGAUAUCUUUUGUACGAUCUAAGAAAUAACUGUAUAAUAAAAAACGUCAGUUGACAGAGAUUGUUAACUAAGCGUCACGGGUUUAUGUCCAUUCAACUAUAAUUAAACCCUAGCUCUAAUCUCACAUAAAAUAAUCAAUUUGCGACUUUCCGUUAAGGUAACUAACGACUCUGACGAUGGCUGCGAUGAACAGUUAUUCUGGAAUGGCAUUCCAAACAACGAAGUGUCGGAUAACAAAGGUUUUGCUGAUAGUAGAGAGAAUAUGAAUGCAAAUGUUCAGCAAGAACAGUCGGUUUCAACUAAUGUACAAACAUGUUGAGGUAAAUACGUGUAAAAACCGGGGAACUGUUGUAUAAAAACUUAGUGAAAGUUAACUACAAUUAGCGUUACCACCCGUAAUUAAAUCCUUAACUGUAGUUAAUAGUUAACUAUAUGACUUAACUGCGUUGCACAAAACGUAGUUACUUGGGUAGUACUAAUCACGUAGUUAACUGUGUGUGAGGCUUUCUUAAAUUAAGUAAUGGGUGAUUAACAACUACUGACAAGCAUUUUUAACAUGUUUGUGGACUCGCAUUCUGCAAAUCCGCGGGAAUUUGAUUCAAAAUAGUGGAAAAUAAACAUUCCGCGAGGUGUCACGUUAAACCGACGUGUAGCUAUUUGGAAAUUAUAUAUCAUGUUUCCUGGUGUAAUGGGUCCUACUUCGUGUUAGAGAAAUCUAUUUUCCCGUGCAAAAAAUAUAUUCUGUUUUCGCCAAAAGACCAAAGCGAUAUAGCAUUUUAACAGUUUUUAACUGUCAGGACUAACAUUCGUGGAGAUGAUAUAGCGAUUGACAAUCCCUGGUAAGUGUUUCUUUUCAUUACUGAAAAUGCUGUUCACUCCUAACUGCAGCACCAUUUUUAACUACGUUUUGAGAAGUUAACGAUACCCUUGCGCACAGUUAACUUUAACUACUUUUUAACUUCUUUUUAACUGCUGUUAACCCGACACUAAAAAUAGGAAUUUGAAAUGACAAUUAUUUAUUUGCAGUUACGCUUCCCUCCAUCAUGCAAGUUUGACUAUAAUUAGUGCCAAAUUUAACCAAUUCAUGAUCAGAAGAAAUCAAGAAUAUUAUAUCAAUAUUCUACUUCCCCACUAAUUCACAUGUCACGUCGAAAUUGCGAUUCCCGCCAAGCAUGGAGAUAGAAAUCGUUACCUUACCAGGGCCCCCGAGAGAGGGGAGGGCACUUUGACCAAGGUCCCCAACUCAAACAAGGCCUCCAAAGCCGAGAAGGCCCUUAAAAAUCCUUAGAUGCAUUCGUUAGUGUCGGAUAAUAUGUAAUAAAUUGUAAAUAUAUACUGUGUUGUAAAACACCGCUUCUCCCUUUUUAGAAUUAUGACGUCAUAGGGCCCCUUUGGAAAAUUUUUCCCAGGCCCUGCGCAACUCUGGGCGGCCUUGCGCAUUGCAUUCGAUCAAAAUGACGACUGUCUGUAUCUAUACGUAUAGCAGGAAUGUUUAAACGUAAAAAUUUCCUAUAAUUUCAUUAUUGUUUUCUUGUUCUUUUUAAAUUUUAAAAUAGAACUUGAAAGUUCUAUUUCAUAAUUUAUUCCAAUUUGGAUACCAUUUGUGUGGUUUGCAAAUUGUUUCUUUCUUUUUUUGUUUCAACUCCAAUUUAUUAUUAGUUGCCAAUUUUAGAAACGUUUGCAUCGAAAUAGUUGCAUCCAUAUCGCUACCAACGAAAGCUUGUUUAUACAUGAAUUGAAUGAGACACCACAACAACUACGCAGAAAUAGGCAACGUUAUUUCAUUUGGUUUAACCCUUUGCCAAAACCAACACGGGCACAAUUUCCUCAGCCUAAAGGUCCGUUUACACUUGCAUUUUUUGCUGCGAGUUCUAGGGCGAUUUUCUUCUUCUGAACGAUGUGAACGAGUAGACGAAUUAUUAAUGUUCUGAGUAUAUGUACCCUCAUUUGAACAUUCAUAACGCAUCCACUCGUUUACAUGCAUCAGAAGAAGAAAAUCGCACCGAAAAUCGCACCUAAAGUGUGAAUGGGUUUUAACUGACAAACAUUUUCCACGUACAACCACAACCACAAACGUCAAAAACUUUUUAACAGAGACGCAGUUAUAUGACACAAUGUAAUGUCCAUCAUUACCGCAAUAAUGUACGUAAUAAUGCACGUAUAGUUAGGAAAAUCAACCACGGAGCUACCAUGGUGCCAGAGGCUCUUUGCGAGGCGAAAUAAAUGAGAAGCGAGAACGGAGAGCGUCUGGCCACAUCGAUUGCAAAUCCCACUUCCACACUUGAUUAGAUUCAGAAUUUCAAUCUCGCAUGUGAUUUGUCAUUUGUAAAAAUAUGUCAAACUGGUUAGGGAAUAAACAUUACUGUAAGCUAAUUAUUCUAUUAAACUCAACCGCAUGAAUAUUAAUAUACACCUAUGUCCUGAGAAAUUUGAUACCUUUUUCAUAAGAGUAUUUUUAAUACUUUUUAGCAUUUUCACAAAAGUUCAAAAUGUCUGAUUUCGACCGGGCACUUUAUCUAAUUGAAUCGUAUUUGGUUCGCAAUUUUGAUAACUUUAUCUUUCCUGGGCGGAAUCUCCGAAGUGUUGAAUCGGCUAUAAUUACACUGUAUAUAAUUACAUAGAUUUGGUUUAUUGUUGAAUGAUAUUUUUCAUAUUGUAUGAAAAAUUUCAUUAAAAAUGACUCCUUGAAAAAGAGUUCAUAGGCGUCCCCACGAAGAUCUACCGUUUUAGCUCUUUAGAAACUGCGUAUUACUUCCAAAAUUCUGCGAGACAGCCCCUGGAAGUGUAUAUUAUUAACCACUGAUUCCCAAUGUAUACAGGAUCCAGGAAUUAAAUUGACUUUAUAAGUGAAUUAAGGUUUUCUUUGCAUUGCUCUUGUAGAAAUGAGGAUCGACAUUUACAAGAUACACAGUUCAACAUCUGGAGAUAUCUGCUCUUUCGUCCUUAUCGUGGGAUAUUAAGUUAAUUAGUCUUUUUCAUAGAUUAUUAAGUUUGAUAAAAGAAAAUACCACAUUUUAUAUGCGUUGGUAUUGUAUGUAGUGUACUCGUGGCGCAUAAGAAAAGAUCAGCCAUGCUGUUCAUACGUCUAGUCUUAGAUUAAUAUUUAUUUCACGUAAACAUGUUUGCUUAUUGUAUACUAGAAAUGUUUUGUCAGAUUUGCAGCAAGAACGUGAGCUAUUCUGCUAGUUAACAGUACUUUAAAUUUAAUUCCGUGCUUAAUUCUGUACUUUAUUUUUAAAACUCAUGUUCAUCUAACGUUUUCGUAAUAUAUAAGAAAAAAAAUCUUAGUAUGGGAAAAUAUAUAACUAUA